GCCAUCGUGCUCGUCGAGCUCGCCCAAAAGACAGCCCGGUUCCUUCCUCCCUCGAUUCGCCAUUGACCGCGGUUCAACUUGGAGAGCCUGAUCCUGCGAAGCGAACUUGGAGUGAGUGUACUUGACUAGUUGUGUUUUCAAGCUCAAGUGGCCAUCAGCCCGAUUCUGAGCUCCCGAUAUCGCGCAAGCACGUGGAUCACGACAAAAAUCAUUGAAGUCAUCAGAGACCGGACGCCAGACAGACCCGCUCAGAGACGAGACGAAGGGUAGUGAAUGGUAGGAGAAUGGUGUUCAAGUGCGUCUUCUUGGUCCUGCUUUUGGUGGUGAUAGCCACCCUGGGGGUGGGGGUGGAGGCCAAGCGGCGACAUCGGGGCCAUUUGCCCAUUGACCAUCCCGAGGACGAGGAACCCGGCGAAUUCGGUCCUCACGACGAGAAACGAAAAGCUUCAGAGUGCCGUUUUGGCGAUAAGCAUUAUGAAUUGGAACAGACCUGGAAUCCGGACCUGGGACCACCAUUCGGAGUCAUGUACUGCAUCCAUUGCGAGUGUGUGCCGAUCCACAAGAAGCGAAGGAUUGUGGGACGAGUCCGCUGCAAGAACAUUCGCGCCGAAUGCCCUUCUCCUACGUGUGGCAGCCCUGUCCUUUUGCCGGGAAGGUGCUGCAAAGUCUGCCCAGGGCAAGAGAAUAAUCCGGACGAAAAAAUCUCCGUGGAUCUGGCCCGUGAAGAAGAGGAGAAGAACAGUCGCCAUUAUGGGUCUUUGUUGACCUCUGAAUCCAUGCCAAAGACGAGCUUGGUUGCCACAGGGCGAUUUUACUUUCGGAAGAAGACCCUCAGCUACUCUUUUGUGACCGGGCAGGAAUUUGGACACCCCAAGUUUAUAUCUUUUCUGGAUGAGAAUGGAAACAUCGUCGAAGAAUUCCUAACGCAAACAAACGAAUUCCAUAAUAUCACCGGAAAGAUUUGCGGAUCCUGGAAUCGACUCCCAAGGCGUUAUCGAAGACAGCUCCGCAAGGAUUUGCUGUUUGCCCAAUUGACCAAUGCAGAGGGAGCCACCAUCAGUGGGCGGAUCGGCAAGCAUUUUGGCUUGAGUAGUGAAUACUUCUCCGGGUUGCUUCUGCCCAUUUCUGGAUCAGGAUUUGGAUCCGCCACCGCCAUUGUCUCCACUGAUUCCACUUCAUCAACGGCUGGAGGGGUUCAUAUAAUGAUUUUGAUGAAAGACGUCUUUGGUCCGACUGAUGAUCAAGAUGUGACCUUGGACGUGAAACUCGAGGCAGUCAUGGACAAUGGGGAGAGGCGAAUCAUUGAGGACACCCUCCGGGUUCCCAAAGUAGUCCCCAAAGAUGCCACCACGAGUGACUUGAAGACCGGGUUUGAUGUUCUUGAGAUGGACGCCUUGGGACGUGGGAACUUGAAGAUGACGGUCUCUUCUCGGAACUUUCCGCAUUAUGGAGUGGAGGGUUACCUGGGAUCUCGAUUCAGUUGCGACCUUGUUGACAGCAUUUUGUCUCCUGUCGAUGAAGAUUCGGAACUCGACGAGAUCGCAGCCAUGGACCAUCAAAAUAGUCCACAAAGAGGCUUGGCCUGGCUUGUCCCAAAAACCAAUGGAGAGCUGGACUAUCACAUUCAGAUCGAAGACCUGUCAUCAAAUGAAAUUACAGCUCUUCAAAUUGAUAAUGGGAAGAUGAGUCGGCGUCUUCUGAUGACUAUUCCGUUGAAAGCGACCUUCAAUGGAGGAGAGGCGUCGGGUUCCAUCCGAAUUAGUGCCAAAGAAAUGGAGCAACUCUUUAAGGACAAUCUAUUUUUGAAUGUGGCUACCUUGGCAAACGAGAGGGCGCUUCGAGGAAAAUUGACCAUCCAAAUGAUGAGUGAGGCCACUGAGACCAUUCGGCCAAUCCUUUUGAAAAGCAAUCUCAGCCUGGUGUCCGGAAUAGCAUGGACUAGUAUCAACGCACACUGUCGCCUAAACUACGAGAUGCGGCUCAUUGGCCCCGAACGAAAGACAGAGUCUACCCUGACGCUUAAGGACUUUCCCAUGAAGAAUUUGAAGAACCUGGCAAUGAUGCCCGGAAGGCAAUUGGCCUUGCAAACCUUCAGGGGUCCCACAGUGAGCGGGCAUCAAGAUAACCUUCACAAGCUCAGUGUUGCCCGAUUGGACGGCGGAGAUGCUUCAUUUGUAAUCAGGCACGAGGGUCACUAUGAAUUUGAAAUCGAAGGACGCAUCAAAGACGUGCAAGCCCCUCCGGAUUGCCUCCCCCGAUACGUCCGAAAUGAGUUGGAGCUCAUGCCUGGAUUUUUGAGCGAUCUUGGCGAGGAGAGACCGGAGGUUGAAAAGGAAUUGGCCGCCCGGUGCCUCUAUGAAGGCGGAAUUAUCUAUGAAGACGGAGCACAAUGGCCGGCAUCCCACACCAACUGUCAUAUGUGCUUUUGUCAGAGGGGGAAGGUCAAUUGUGAUCCUGUGGUGUGUCCCAAAAUUGAAUGCAGCCGACCCAUAAUCCACAAAGGCGCAUGCUGCCCUGUUUGCCAAGAGGAAGUGCCCAUUGACAGAUCCAGGGGUUGCCAAAUUGAAGGCGAUGACCAAUUCCACGUAGCUGGCAGCCGUUGGCAUCCGUAUAUACCGCCCUCUGGUUUCAGCCGAUGCGCCACGUGUGAAUGCCACGCAGACACCCUUGAGGUGAAGUGCACUCAUGAGCAUUGCCCCAAACUGGAUUGUCCCAAAGAUGAUCAAGUCCGGGAGGACACUUUGGCAUGUUGCAAGACAUGUCAAGAAGACAAUUCCACCUCGACCUUUUACGACCCAUCCAUAGACUAUGAUCAAAAAACACAGCAAGACAUGGGUCGGGAGUUUACGGACGAGGACAUUUUGGACAUGGGCGGUUGUAAUUGGAAAGGCGAAGUUAGGACCAAUGGAGAGUCCUGGCAUCCUCAUAUUCUACCCUUUGGGGAAUAUACGUGUGUUACCUGCACGUGCAAGGAGGGGAAGACAAAGUGUCAGAGGAAGAGCUGCGUCAAGCUGAACUGUAUCCACAAGGUCACUGAUCCCAACGGGUGCUGUCCCCGGUGUGCAGCCAAUUCAUCAGAGGUCAAAGAGGCCAAGAGGCACAGGAGGCAACAGAAAUUGAAGAAACUCAGACGAAUGCGUCAAAAGAUCCGCGAGCAGAAGCGUUUACUUGUGCGACAACAAAAAGCGGGGAGUCAAGAUUAGCUCGUCCGUCUAGUCACCCAAUCUCUCUUACGAUUAAACCAGCUGCCAAAGUACAAACCCAUCCCGGUGACCAGAUUAUGACGAGUGCUGUUACUCCGCCCUUGAGAACACAAAGUGCCAAAAAGACAAAUGGCAGGAGCGUGGAGCGCCCGGCCCACGCUUAUUUAUGGAACUCUUGCUUCUAGUUUUAGCUUCUUCCUUCGUUUUCUGCUAACCAAUAGUAACACUAAUCAAAACAAGGAAAGUAUUGGUGUCCGUACCAUCAUGAUGAAGAAUAUGUUGCAACAUGUAUAGACUCAAAUGUAAGUUUCAAAUUUAACCCCAUGCCUGUACUGAAGUACACAGUAUAACGUUGCAUUUUUCCUGCUUAUAACACCAACGCCCAUUCAUUCAUCCAUUCAUCCAUGUAUUCAUUUAUCAUGCAAAACACAAGCGAACGAACAACAACCGAUUAAGCCACCGAACCAACCCCCUUAAAAUUGGCCGUCACUUCUUUUUCAAAUUUUCACAACCACAAAAUGGAGAGCUAUUUUAUCUGAAUGUAUGACGAGUGGAGUCCACUGAAUGCAAGUAUAUUUUGUGAAGACAUAACAACUACAACCAAAGGCUGUGAUUUAUAUUUAAUUCUCCUCGAUUAUGAUUAUCAAGAAGACAAGAGAAGAAAAUUGGCCAUACCAUCUCUUUUCAAGAAGACGAAUCCUCAUCCGAAUCCAUUAUUACCCGUCCUUAUGUUCAAUUUGUUUACAUCAUAAUUGGACUUACUGCUCUGAAAGAUGAAAACUGGGAAAUACACAUUUCUUUUAA